GCUCGCAGCAUCGCUUCGUCUCGUUGUCUCUCUCGUGAGGUUUCUCGUCUCUUUUGCUGUCAAGAAUGGCGACUACAUCGUCGAGAGGAUGGGUGAGAAGUAUUUCCUCUGUAGCAUCUCGGAUAUAUUUCUUCCUAAUCAUUCUUCAGAUCCCUCUUUUCAGGGUUCCAUGCAGAUCUGGUAUGUGCUCAACACCAAUUCAUGUCAUAUCCUCCCAGUUGAUUGCAAGUGAGAUCUUUCCUGUUGCGGUAGUGAAGGCCCUGCUGUACCCUGGAGCCAUUGCAAAUGGCCUUGUCAGGAACAUGACUAUUCCUAGCUGGAACAAUCUGUUAAACAUCUAUAAUUUGACCAAUUCCAAGGAAGCCCCAGCAGCCACUGAUCUUCAACGCUUAGAGGUUCUUGCAGGAAGUUACUUCUCUGUGGCAGGAGCACUGGUCGGUAUACUAAAACCUGGAAGAAUGAGCAUGUUUGGGACACUACUGGUAAUCUGGGGUCUUGUCAAGGAGGGGAUCUUGGGAAAGCCAGUGAAUACAGAUCCUGCAAAAGCUGUGUAUGUUUAUCCGACAAUGUUGAUUGCCCUAAUUUGUGCCUUGUCAUCUAUAAAAUAUGAUGUGAAGAAAGUUAUGAAAAGUGUCCCUGCUCGACCAAUGGCAAAGCCUCUCCAGAGCUCUUCAAAAUCUAAGCUGAAAUGAUAUGAAAUUCUAAACCACUAUUUGUGAACAGUUGUUCUCUAUUAUUGUUACUCAGAUACCAGAUAGAGCUGAAAAUUGUAACAUUUCCGGAAAAAGCUAUAUUUGCUCAAAUUGAUCAUUCAGUUUCCCUUGCUCAAUGAAGGAGAAAAUGUUAUAAAUAACAUGUUAAUGC